AUGAACGAUUGGUUACAUUGCAACCAAUGCUUGACGCGCUAUCAAGCCGAUAUAAAAUUUUAUUUAAUAGAAUGUGCCCACAUAUUAUGCGGCAACUGCAUAAAACAAAUUCGCGAUUCAAAAUGCUUGAUUUGCGACAAACCAAACGACUUCAUACUAAUCGACAAAGAUAUGCACAGCUCUGCCCAACCAUUCUUUGUACCAUUCGAAUCCCACCUGAAAAAACUACAAGAGGUGUUCAAUUUCCAAUCGAUGCACAGACAAAGGCUCUUCCAAUGCCAGCUGAAGAAGUACCAGUUCCUCAAGAAGGAAAUGUUCUGCUACCACCAAAAAACCAAAGAAAUCUUGAGCGAGAAUAAAAUGAUGAGGGGCAUGCUGAUGAACAACAAUCGCCAGCAGGGCUCCUAUUACCCGACUUCUGACAGCUUCUCUCCAUCGAUAUCCGAUGACAUGUCCUUCGUGUCUUCCGUUGCAUCCUUCACUCCUAAUGUAAAAUCCACGCCUAUCCCCGGCUUCGCUCGUCGAGUCCAAGGAUCGCUAGACAGAAGCGGCGUAAGAGGCCUAUCCAUUCCUCAAAACCAACCGCAUUUACAUGGUGGUACUGGAUUUUACAGACCGUCUCCUGGUAUGGGACCUCCGUCGGGAGCUCCUCCGCUGAAGAAAUUCAACAUGGCGACAGUGCAUAAGACCCCCAGUACUGCAGCUUCGAUGAGCCAGCUUCAUAGCAAAAGGCAAUGA